AUGAAUACGACCGUCAAUGACCUGUUGCAAUCCGCUGCGCACAUGCCAUUCAUCUCAUAUGAUGACGAAUUCCUCGAUAUUCUUGGACCAAGCCCAUCUAUCAAAUUAGUGCAAGAGCGCGAGUCAAAUUUUGCCGCCGAAGCAGGCGUUUGGAUAAAAAGUCGCAACGAGGUGUGGUACACAACAUGGAUCAACGAUGGGCCAACCCACGUUGAGAUCCUGAAUCUCCGAGACAACACUAUCAAGAAUUUGACGUCUUCUGAGCCUCUCAAAAACCCAAACGGCGGUCAUUUCCACCAGGGAAGAGUAUAUUUCACGUGUCUACGCGAUGACUCCCGGAAUUGGCCCGGCGGUGUCGUAUCCGUUAAUCCGGAGAAUGGCCAUGUCGAGACAGUGUUGAACUCAUACUUUGGCCUCAAAUUUGAUUCUAUCGAUGAUUUAGCCUGGGUCACGCAACCUGGGACAAAUUAUUCCUACCUGUUCAUGACUAUCCUGCCUCUUACUAAAGGCGUGGCCACGUCCGAAGAGCGUCUGCCACAGGGUCUGUGGCGAUUCGAUCCGCAAAGGGGAACUUUGCUACCGGUGAUCAGUCGGACAGAGCUCCCUAUGGCGAAUGGAGUUUGUCCAUCGAAAGACCAGCAGACGCUCUGGGUUACAGAUUUUGGCGGCGAACACAACAGCGGCGCGUGGGGGCUUCCUGCCGAAGUGGGCUCACCUGCGAUCUAUAAGUACGACUUGAAUGCGAACAUGUUACCGACCAACAGAAAAUUUUUGGAGUGGCCAGAAUGA